AUUCACACUGAGGUCACCCACCCGCUAUCCUCAAAAAAGAGAUCACCCACCCCACCACUCUCCCCUCCCUAAGUCACUACAUACAAAGAGAAUAAAGAAGGAGCACUUGCAGAUCAUACACCCUCUCAAAGCUCUUCCUUAUUCUCAUACUCCCCACUUCUCUACAGAGAAAGAAAAAGAAGAAGAAAACAGUACCGCAACUGCAUGCAAGUACUGGUGAUCUUGGUGCAAAAUUUCAGACUAGUUGAGUGGGUUUCUCUCUAGCUUAUCUAUCAAUCACCAAACAUCAUCCAAGCAUCAACAAGAUAUCAAGGAAAACCGAAAGGAAGAUAUCAUAGAAUGCCAAUUCAAGGAAUCUUCAUGGAAAGCACCUCAAUGCCUUCCCUCGACCUCUCGUUGAACAUCAGCCUCCCAAGCCCCACACCCUCCUCAACGCCCGACACCGACGGUGACCUCAGCCUUGACCUCCUUCACCAGAUCGAAGCCCUCAAACCACAAGCCGAAGGCUGUUCAAACUUGUUAGCUUGCACCCAUCUAUCCCUUUCAAGUUCAUUGGCAACCUCGGAGGCAGAUGGCUCUUGGAGGUGGCAAGGACCACUGCAUGAUCGAUGCCAAAGCAGCCAUCUCGAGUUGGUCUUCGAUGGCUCGAAGCCCAUAAAGGGAAUCCCCAUCUACAACAGCUCUAGCACACCGUUCCCCUCAGCUGAUCCCGAGAUGGGAUUCAACCACCAAAUGAUAUCUUCCCCUUCUUCAUGGCCCUUCUUUUGCUCUUCGGUGCCAUCUUCACCUUCUUCUUCUUGUGGCUAUUCUACCAAUUUAGACACAAUGACAUCUUUCUUGCACCCAGCCGGUCUGGUCCCAUCUAUGGCCUCAUCCUAUCAUCGGAUUGUGGCACCACCGACAAGGUUCACUGGGUUAUCAUCAGACACAAUCAAGUAUAACCAACACUACAACCACCACCAACAACAUGGAAUUGGGCCGCUAGAUGUCUCUCAGAACAUGAUGAGGUCGAGGUUCAUGCAGAAGAUCCCAGUGAAGCGGAGCGUCCGUGCGCCAAGGAUGCGGUGGACCAGCACCCUUCAUGCCCGCUUCGUCCAUGCCGUCGAGUUCCUUGGUGGUCACGAGAGGGCAACGCCCAAGUCUGUUCUUGAGCUCAUGGAUGUGAAAGAUCUUACUCUAGCCCAUGUCAAGAGCCACUUGCAGAUGUAUAGAACUGUUAAAUCCACUGACAAACCUGCAGCUUCCUCAGGCCAAUCAGAAGGCUCAGGCGAAGAAGAUUCUGCUCUUGGGACUGGCAAUCUCAGCUUCCGUCGAUUAAUGGAGCACAAAGGAUCAGAUGGACCAAUCCAGCUAAAUGACAUAGACUCGAAUACUAGAUGGAGCAACUCAUCUAUCACAGGAGCUUGGACGCAAACCAAUUCAAGUGAAAUGGAGGGCCUUAGACCAGCAACUUUCACGUCACAGACCGAGGGUAGCCAUCCUUGCCGAACCAGUGGCUCUACGGGGUCUCAUCAAGAACUCAAAAGCCCUAGCUUGGAGUUCACUUUAGGAAGACCAGACUAGCGGGACGGAGGGCAGGAUUCAUGCUGGUGGAGCUACAUGGCGGUGGUAUAUACACAUUCAGUGAGUGGCUCCUGGAAAGUUCUAAGGUAUUAGUUAUAUCAGCAAUGAUAAGAAUAUAAGGAGGCCUAUGUGAAGAAAGAAUGAGGAGAAAAUGCAAAUAUCAACUUCGGCGUUCUAUUUUGCAUGGUGCAUGAACCUUAUGCUCCUCAUCUGGUCCUUGUUCUUCUUCUUUGGCUUUUCUUUUGUCCCUUAUUUAAGAUAAAAUUAAUUCUUCGCUUCUUGUAUUAUUCUUUUUAUUUUCUCCCUUCGUUUUACACUUUUAUAUAAACCACUGGGGAGUGGAAUGGCCAGAGCUCAAGUCGAUAAGUGUCUAAUAUAUGACGUACACAUUAAAAGUUUGAAAGACCUAAAUCUGUUAUUUCAUGCA